UCAGCAAACUGGCAAGACGUAUCAGGAGGAUGUGGAACGACACUGUUCGACGGCAGACAGAAUCGUCCUUCAUGGCAGCUGAGAUCAACAACACACCCACACUCACCCGAGGCACUAUGGGUAAUCACCUCCUAGCCAAUCCAAUGCUACAGACCCGCUCUGGCUCCUCCCCUUACAACACCCUAUUGGCUGAAACAUUCAACCCCCCCUCACCAGCAGUUUUCAACGCCACUGGCACGUUCAGAAACUCAAAGGGCACACUAUCGCGCAGCCGUGAGUCGUGUGGGCUGGAGGGAGUCCGGCAUAACGGAAAUUACAACAACAGCUACUCGCUUCACGGCGGGAGUUCGGAUCUGCUGGGGGGCGUUCCUGUGGGAUCCGGGGGCGUGUCCGGAGAAGUCAGCCCCGCCCUUUUGACGCCAAGAGGGGCAGAGUCUGCUGGCUGUUUGAGGCGGAACCUUUCCGACGCGGCGGCAUUGGAGAAGAUGAUCAUAUCCGAGCUGGUUCAGAGCAACCUGCGGCCUUCCACCGAUCGCUACGGCAAUGGACCGAAUUCCACGAUGCACCGGCAGGACUACACCACGUCGACAAGUCACCGAGAGCCUCCGCAACGGCCCUUGCCCCGCCCACCUCCGCCGCCUCCGCAGGACGAGGAGGAGCUGCUGUACAAAGCGCUGGAAAAGCCACGCCUUCCAGACAAGCCCCGCCUACCCGAUAAACCCCGCCUGCCGGAUAAGCCCCGCCUCCUGGAGCACGCCCAGUCUGUGUUCUACCAGAGCGAGGAGGACUCGGAGAGCUUCUCGGCCGAAAUCACGGACGGUGUGGGCGGGGCCGGACCGGACUCUGCCUCCCUGUACGCGCGGGAUCGUGAUUCGUCUUAUCCCGACAGCAGUCCCGAGGCACUGGGGGCGGAGCCUCAUCCCACCCUUCCACCGGAUGAGCUGUACUUCAGCGCAGGACGCCAAGCGCACAUCUCGGCCUUUUACCAGCCUCCGCCUCGCAGGACCAACGACGAGGCUCGGCCGGGACUGCAGCCCUCGCAGGGUGAAGGCGACGGACAGAUGCAACUGGUGACGAGUCUGUGACUAGGGCGCUGGUGACCAGGACACGUAGAUCUGGAGGAGGACAAUGAGGGUGGACGUCUUCAGCAUCACCAUCAUCAUCAUCGCAAUUAGCGUCUGGGCGAAUCUCAUGCGUCUGGUUUGUAGGUCACCCCAAAAUCUCAAGUAGGACUUGAUCUGAGUUCUGAUUUCACUUGUUUUUGUAGUGAAAUAUGAGCCGGACGUGUUUCCGUGAGAUUCUCGCAUUAGUAUGAAGCUACUUUCAGUGUAUCGUGUGUCCUGGGAUCUCCCAGAAGGAGCGGUGCGCUGAAAGCCUUGGGAGAUUACUGUUGAGAUGAUGAUGAUGAUGAUGAUGGCAAUGCUGGCUUCCUCCUCCACGUCUCUGUCUCCUGGUCACCCGAACACCCACCCUGCUCAUCUCACUGCCAUCCAAGCACAUCUGUUUGUCCUUUCUGAGAAGAAAUCUUCUUAUCGGGUAGUUUUUCCUCCAUUCGUCCAUCCUCCAUCUCUUCCCUGCUGAGAAAACCAGUUUAAACCAUCCUGAGGUGGAUAUCUGGUCUCCUGGCCUGGCCCAACUGGUCCGUUUUGCUGGUUUUGGGUGGGAGACCAUCUGAAAACCACCUUAGGCUGGUUGAAGCUGGUUUUCCAGUGGGAUUUCUUUCAUUCAGGGUGGUGUGGUGUAUGAGUGUCAGACCUUUAUCAGAAUGUGAUAACACUUACACCAGAGACCGCAGCUCUUAUACAUGCCAAAAAAAGAAAAAAAUCACACAUUUACACUCUUGGGGAGCAGCUACUGUCGGGAUCACGCUCUCACCAUCAUAGAGGUCAAAGGUUAAGAGUCACAGGUUCAACAUGUCAAGCAAAUCAACUAGACUGUUGUUUUUGAGCAGCGUGGUGGAUAAAAGAACAAAAACUUGCUUUUGUGCAACCUGUCUGGACGCAACCCAAUCAUCUGCUUUAGUGUUCAAAACACUGACCAAUCAUGUUGUUGGGUUUGGAGAACGCUGACAAUGCUCCGCCCCCUUCCUGUGUUUAAGUAGGUUGAUCGAGGACGUGACGUUUAACGGUGGGCUUUUAACAGCAACUUCCUGUAAAUAAGAACUGAGAGACAUAAUGUCUCUGGACAUGCUUCUCUUUCACUUACGAGUUUAUGGUUGAAAAAAGUCUUAAAGAAUAUGUAGAUGAACUGAUGACACUGUCUCCUCUUUCGGUCUUUUUCUCACUGUGUCUCUUUCGGUCUUUCUCUCUCUCUGAGAGUGGUUCAUGUAAAAAGAUAAGAAA